AUGUUUCAUCUCAAAACUCACAUCAAAAUCUGCGCUACCGAUACUUGUUGCUCAACAACACCUUGCAGUUCUGCAGAACUGUUCUCGUCAACUCUGAAGUUGAUCGCGGCAGCGCAGUGCUGUUUAACUGAUGACUUCGUGUCUGAUGAAAUAAAAGACAAAGACUGCUUCGAUUUCAUCAUCGUUGGGGGCGGAACUUCCGGUAAUGUUCUGGCUAAUAGACUUAGUGAAGUUAAGGGCUGGAAUGUACUACUACUAGAAGCAGGACCUAAACCACCAAUAUUUGGAUCCAUACCGCAACUGUCGAGAAAUUUAGCAAGAACAAAAUACGACUGGAAUUACGUGACAGAGAAUAAUCACAGAACUAGCCAAGCUUUAAAAACUGGACAAGUCACGUGGGUACGGGGUAAGCUAUUAGGAGGCAGUAGCGUUACCAAUGCUGGGUUUUAUGUCAAGGGUUUAAAACCGGACUAUCAACGCUGGGCCGACGAAGGUAAUCCAAGCUGGACACCUAAAAACAUAUUUAAAUAUGAGAGAAAAGCAGAGUCCCUGCAAAAUGAAGCUUUAAAAAAUAAUCCUCUCAUCGGAAAAAACUACGGCUCAAACGGACAACAAGUACUCAAUAGAUAUAACACAACACGAAUACCAGUUCACAACUUGAUUCUUGAUUCAUGGGACUCUAUUGGCAUUAAACAAGUUGAAGAUACAAAUAGUGAAGUGUACAAUAACCGCGGAUAUUGUAGCCCUGCGGUGUUUACUGCAGCAGAUGGCAUAAGAUACGAUACCUAUAGAUCUUAUUUACUACCAGCCGACAAACGUAACAAUCUCAAAAUUGUCACAGAAGCCUUCGUUUCGAAAAUAUUAGUAGAUGAAAAUAAAAAGGCUUAUGGAGUCGAAGUUACUAUCAAUGGUACGAAAAUACAAUUGUUUGUUUCUAAAGAAGUCAUAUUAGCUGCUGGAGCAGUGAACUCACCACACCUUCUGUUGCUUUCCGGAAUAGGACCUAAGAAUGAGCUAGAAUCUAAAAAUGUCUCCUGCGUAGUCGAUUUACCUGCUGUUGGUAGAAACUUGCAAGAUCAUUUAAGAAUUAUUGUACCCAUAUAUGGAGAUAGAUCCCAGUAUGAUAAUAGAAACGAGAGGAAGUGUGCACCAGAAAACGUUCGUCUGCCAUUCUGGCUACGUGACCUGCCCACCGCCAUUUUAGCCGUUUAG